AUGGAGCAAUCCUACCUGUCCUCCCCAGCGGAGGCACUGGGGCAUUUCAAUGUCUCACAGCACGCUGGUCUAUCGCAAGACCAGGUCUCGAAAUCGAGGCAGAAGUAUGGUCCGAAUGCUCUUGCGGAAGAACCCCCGACUCCUCUCUGGGAGCUGGUGCUGGAACAAUUCAAGGAUCAGAUGGUUCUCAUUCUUCUGGGCUCCGCUGCUGUGUCUUUCGUCUUGGCCCUCUUUGAAGAGGAGGGCGAUUGGACUGCGUUCGUUGACCCUGCCGUGAUCUUGACUAUCUUAAUCCUCAACUCGAUCGUUGGUGUUACCCAGGAGAGCAGUGCUGAAAAGGCUAUUGCGGCUCUGCAACAAUAUUCGGCAAACGAAGCUACGGUGGUUCGCGAUGGCAAAACCCAGCGUGUCAAAGCAGAGGACUUGGUUCCCGGCGACGUGAUUCACGUCGCCGUCGGUGAUUGUGUACCCGCGGACUGUCGUCUGAUUGCUAUCCACAGCAACAGUUUCCGAGUCGACCAGGCCAUCCUGACGGGUGAGAGUGAGAGCGUCGCCAAAGACACCCGACUGGUAUCCGACAAGCAGGCGGUCAAGCAGGAUCAAAUCAACAUGCUCUUCUCGGGAACUACGGUGGUCAAUGGGCACGCAACGGCUCUGGUCGUCCUGACUGGAGGAUCGACCGCCAUUGGUGAUAUCCAUGAGAGCAUCACGUCCCAAAUCUCGGAACCGACUCCCUUGAAGCAGAAACUCAACGACUUUGGCGACAUGCUUGCUAAGGUGAUCACGGUUAUUUGUGUCUUGGUCUGGGUGAUUAACAUCGAGCACUUCAACGACCCAUCCCACGGUGGUUGGACUAAGGGCGCGAUCUAUUACCUCAAGAUCGCUGUCUCCCUGGGCGUCGCGGCCAUCCCGGAAGGCUUGGCGGUGGUAAUCACUACUUGUCUCGCUCUCGGUACCCGCAAGAUGGCCCAGAAGAACGCCGUCGUCCGAUCUCUUCCCUCUGUGGAAACCCUGGGUAGCUGCAGUGUAAUUUGCUCUGACAAGACGGGAACCCUUACCACCAACCAGAUGAGCGCGGAGAAGAUGGUCUAUCUGAACAAGGCUGGUAACGGCGUGGAGGAGAUCGAUGUGGAAGGUACUACUUUCGCGCCUGAGGGCAAGCUGUCGCAGAGCGGCAAACCUGUGCAAAAUCUCGCGGUCUCUUCGUCGACGGUGCGACAAAUGGCUGAAGUCAUGGCCCGUUGUAACAGUGCGACUCUCGCUCACGACGCCAAGAGCGGCGUGUUCUCGUGUAUUGGUGAACCCACCGAAGGCGCUCUGCGGGCCUUGGUUGAAAAGGUUGGAACCGAUGAUGCUGCUACGAACGCCAAACUGUUCGGUUUGCCGACUUCCCAGAGGCUCCAUGCCUCGAGUGCUUACUAUGAAUCCCGCCUGCCAUUGAAAGCAACCUAUGAAUUCUCCCGCGAUCGUAAGAGUAUGUCGGUUCUCAUCGGCAGCGACAAGCAGCAAAGGCUCCUGGUCAAGGGUGCCCCCGAGUCCAUUCUCGAGCGUUGCUCCCAUGUGGUUCUGGGAUCUGACGGACCUCGCGUGCCUAUCUCCAAAGAUCACGUCAAGCUGCUCUCCGAGGAAAUCGUGGAAUACGGAAACCGUGGUCUCCGCGUGAUGGCCCUGGCUAACGUGGACGAUCUCCCGGCCAAUCCCCUCCUCCAGAAGGCUCAAACCCCCGAUGAAUAUCUUCAACUGGAGCAGAACAUGACUCUUGUUGGUCUCGUUGCUAUGUUGGAUCCCCCCCGCGUUGAAGUGGCCGACUCGAUCGAGAAGUGCCGGGAAGCAGGCAUCCGGGUGAUUGUCAUUACUGGUGACAGCCGAAACACCGCCGAGUCCGUGUGCCGCCAGAUUGGUGUAUUCGCCGAGGGUGAGGAUCUGACUGGCAAGAGCUACACGGGCAGAGAGUUCGACGGACUUUCGGAAGGUGAGAAACUUGAGGCCGUCAAACGUGCAUCCCUGUUUUCGCGCACCGAGCCUAGUCACAAAUCUAGACUCGUUGAUCUCCUUCAGUCUCUGGGCCACGUGGUUGCGAUGACUGGUGACGGUGUGAACGAUGCUCCUGCUUUGAAGAAAUCGGAUAUUGGCGUUGCUAUGGGCACGGGAACCGACGUGGCCAAGCUCGCCGCCGAUAUGGUUUUGGCCGAUGACAACUUCGCUACCAUCACCAUCGCCGUCGAGGAGGGUCGGUCGAUUUACAGCAACACCCAGCAGUUUAUCCGUUAUUUGAUCUCGUCCAACAUCGGUGAAGUUGUUUCUAUCUUCUUGACUGCUGCCUUGGGCAUGCCCGAAGCUCUGGUCCCCGUCCAGCUCCUCUGGGUCAAUUUGGUCACCGAUGGUCUUCCCGCCACAGCUCUGUCGUUCAACCCUCCCGACCAUGAUGUGAUGAGACGCCCUCCUCGCAAACGCGACGAGCCCCUGGUUGGCGGCUGGUUACUGUUCAGAUAUUUGGUCAUCGGUACCUAUGUCGGUGCCGCUACGGUCUUUGGCUACGUGUGGUGGUUCCUGUACAACCCCGAGGGACCUCAGAUUACUUUCUCGCAGCUGUCUCACUUCCACAACUGCUCCGCCCAGUUCCCUGAAAUCGGUUGUGAGAUGUUCUCGAACGACAUGUCCCGCUCUGCCUCCACCGUGUCGUUGUCAAUCCUGGUCGUGAUCGAGAUGCUGAACGCCAUGAAUGCGCUCUCAUCCAGCGAAUCCCUUCUGACCUUUGCUCUCUGGAACAAUCUGAUGCUAGUCUAUGCCAUCAUUCUCUCGAUGGCUUUGCACUUUGCUAUUCUGUACAUUCCGUUCCUACAGGGACUGUUCGCAAUCCUCCCCUUGGAUUGGAUCGAGUGGAAGGCCGUGCUAGCCAUUAGCGCCCCCGUGAUCAUCAUUGACGAAGCUCUCAAGUUCGUUGAGCGCCGCUUGUAUAAAGUCCCUGCGAAGGCUGGUGGACACCAAAACGGUGCCGCCUCUAAGCCCAAGAGGGCGUAA